GAGAGGUCACAAAUGUCUUCAAGGAAUACAUCACUGGAGCACAAAAGUGCACAGCACAGUCGUUCUGUCCAUUAUGAUAAAGUAUAUGUGGAUUCCUCUUCACCAGAAGAUGCUGAUGAGAUAUUAAAUUCAGAACCUUUGCCACCACCUCUUCCAUUACAGCCACCAUUUGGACCUGAAUUUUAUCCAAGUGACAAUGAAGACUCAACUGAAAUCCCUGAUCUCAAACCAGUGAGAAAAUUCAUUCCUGAUUCAUGGAAAAACUUCUUUAGAGGAAAACGAGGUGAUCCAGAAUGGAAUAAGCAAUUAUCUGCCAUUUCAGAUGGAAUUCAAUGCUCUCCACCAUCAUCUCCAACACUUACUCCAGUGAAAGCAGACCAUAUUUCAACACCAAGCUCUUAUCAAGAUCCAUAUGGAGGAUCAGGAGGCACUUACACUUCACAAAAAGAAGCUGAAGGUAUUCUCCCCCCGGAUCCAUAUGGCUCUCUGGGAAGGCACACUCAGGCUUUGACAUACAGUGAGAAAGUAGAAGCUUUUAACCUCAGAUAUUCCUACAUGAAAUCUUGGGCAGGAUUGCUUAGAAUCUUGGCUGUUGUUGAACUGCUCUUAGGUGCAGCUGUAUUUGCUUGUGUCACAGCUUACAUUCACAAAGACAAUGAGUGGUACAACAUGUAUGGCUUUUCACAACCAUAUGGCUAUGGUGCAAGCAGCAUGUAUGGUGGUUAUUAUUACAGUGGACCCAAAACUCCUUUUGUUCUUGUUGUAGCAGCGCUUGUUUGGAUAGUGACUAUCAUAAUUCUAGUACUUGGUAUGUCAAUGUAUUACAGAACUAUUCUUCUGGAUUCCCACUGGUGGCCUUUAACGGAAUUUGGAAUCAACGUGGCUUUGUUUAUUUUAUAUAUGUCAGCCGCUAUUGUCUAUGUAAAUGACGCAAACAGAGGAGGACUUUGCUCCUAUAAUGUAUUUAACACACCAAUGAAUGCUGCUUUUUGUCGUAUAGAAGGGGGACAGACAGCAGGAAUUAUUUUUUUGUUUGUAACAAUGAUUAUAUAUCUCAUCGGUGCAAUAGUUUGCCUAAAAUUAUGGAGACAUGAAGCUGCGCGCAGACACAGAGAGUUCAUGGAAGAGCGGAUGAAGUCACAAUCAUUUGCCCCAAAAAGAAUGUAUGAAGAUCAUGAAAAUGACACGUCCAAGGUAGCAAUAAAGACACUGAAGAGUGCAGAAAUGAAGCCUGAAGUACUUAAUGGCUAUAUACCAGCAGGACAUAUUCCUAAACCAAUAGUGAUGCCAGAUUACUUAGCAAAAUACCCAGCAAUUCAGACAAAUGAGGAAAGAGACCGUUAUAAAGCUGUAUUUAAUGAUCAGUUUUCUGAAUAUAAAGAGCUGUCUUCUGAAGUUCAGGCAGUUUUGAAGAAGUUUGAUGAGUUAGAUGCACUUAUGAGGAAGCUUCCUCAGCAUCCUGGAAACACUCUUGAACAUGAUAGAAUCGCCAGUGUUCUCCAACAGUAUAAAAAGAAAAAGAAUGAUCCCACAUUUCAGGAGAAGAAGGAACGUUGUGAAUAUCUAAAGAACAAACUUUCUCACAUAAAACAAAGAAUUCAGGAAUAUGACAAAAUUAUGAACUGGAAUACUUAGAAUGACUUUAAUUUUACCAAGAAGAUUUUUUUACCAUUUUAAAAUAUUUAUUACCAUUAUUUUAUAUUUUUCUUGUAAAAUUAGUAACUAAAAUCUACUAUGUAUAUUGUGAACUGAGGAAAAGUUUUAUCUAUUGUAAGAUGGAAAACUGUCUAACAAUGCAGUUAAACCAUGUGCACUGUUGAUGAUCCUAUUCUAAAAUAACAUAAAAUUAGUAUCUUUUUUUGUUUUAAAUUCAAAAUAUUUGUAUUUCUGUCAUUGAGAUAUUUUCCUAAAUAUGAAUAAGCUGUAAACAGAUACUAGGGUGCCACUUAACUAUUUAUGUAUAAUGACCUAUUUGGAGGGACAGGGAACCAGAUUAGUACAAUCAUCUUGUUCGGCAAUUUCCUUUGGAUAGCCAUACAUUUUAAAAUUAAAUAAUUUUGUAAGUUUAAUAUUUGUAAAUCUUGACAUUCUAAGCAAAAAAUGGAGUUGUAUUUUUGUGACCUGCAUGUAUUAUGCAACAAAUAGGUAUAUAAGUUUCCAUCUGACAGGGCUGUGGCAUUUGAAAAUAUCUCAAUUAUGCAAAGUACAACCUUUUUGUUGGAGGGAUAGUUACCUUCACAAUUUCCUCACUGGGUCAGUUGGAUGUAGAAACAGAAGUUCUGGGAUGAAUAGCAUCCUUUUAAAAUUGAUUCUGAUGCAGAAAGGGAACUAAAUCUGGAUGUUUAGAUAACUGUCAUUUUAUUUGAAAAUCUAUGCCAACUUUAUUUCAUAGGUGAUGCAUUUUGAAUGUACAGUGCAAUUUUUCUCAGAGAAAGUUAUUAGCUCUGUAUGAGAGAAUAUUAUUAGGAAAGUGUUAAAAGAGAAUCUAAGAAAAGCAACAUUCAACUAAAAUAUUUUCAGACUGAUACUGAAUUCUACUUUUCUGCUGAAAGACAGUCUUGUCGUGUAUAUAUCAUUGAAUUGUCAACUAAUCUCACCUCUUAAAUUCAGAUUGGAGGAGUGAUUAUAGUUGACUUUUUCUGAACAACAACUUAAAAUGUUGAUUGAAAUGACAGGUGCAGAAAAAUUAUUCAGGGCAUUAAACAGCACAGUUUUUUAAUACAACUCUCAGAAAAUAGAAAUCCCACAAACGUAUCUUUUUAUAAGUGAAGUGGGAUGGAGCAGAUCUUGCUUAUAAGUUCAUAUAUUUUUCUACAUUUUUAUAUUGUAUCCUAUCACAUUUUUUACAGAAGAAUCUUAGCACAUUGUAGUGAAUUUCUACUCUAGGUAUAACUUCAAAACAAUCUUUUGGCAUAUAAUUUUUAUUAAAACUGUUAAACAAGAAGGUAAAAACUAACAAAUAUAGGGUAAUGAAGAAAAAAUAAAAAAGCAAAAAAAGUCAAGAAAAGAAAAGUUAAAGAAAAAUAGAAAAGGAAAAAGAUAAUUUUCAAAUAACAUGCACUGGAAUGCAAGUCAUUUUCCUUUGGUUUCUUUAUAGUAUUAAGUCAUAAUGAACCUUCUGAAAUACUGAACUGUAUAUUUUCAUAAAAUAAUGAG